GUGCAGGAACACUCUAGUCAGUCUGAUUUAUCUGAUAUGGAUGGAACAUUGUUGUCUGAUUCACUUUUGUCAUGGAAGCAGCGAUCAUACAAGGGAAAAGAACCUUUAUUACCUGCGGCUGCUCCACAAGAGAAAAGACCUCCUUUAAAAGGAUCAUCGCAAGCAGUGCACUUCAAAGACCCCGUAGUUCAGCCAAGCGCUUUUCUCUCACCCAAACAAAAAGUGCCUCAUUCUCGUGCUCUGAUCAAGCCUAAAGACGAGCCAUUUACUGGUGACAUGCCUUUUGAAGACGCUAUGCAAUCUAUUGCAAUUAUCCGACCAGAUUCUGCAAGCAAAGAACAAUCUCUUAUUCAAAGAGUUUCUUCACGCAAACAGCAUCAUCAAGAACCUCCAGCAUCCCAAUUUUUAGCUGGAGAAGAUAACGUUCCAGUUUCAUCAAGUCCGGCAAGAGAUAGCUGUGAACUUGCAACCAUUCCAGAAGACUCUCCGGCUAGCUUAGAGAUUGCCACCUCAGCACUGGGAGAGGUGAAGAUUUCUCUGAGCUGCAACUCUAUGCUUGGAAGACCAGAUUUUCAUAUGCCUAGUCAAGAUGAACUUCUGCAAUCAAUGCAGGAUAAAUGUCUCCGAUCUUACAAAAUCCUUGACCCAAACUUUUCUGUCAUGCAAAUGCUGAAAGAUAUGUGUGAAUGCUUCUUGGAUUUGGCAACUGAUUCCUCUCAUGAACAUGAAUCGCAGGAAAGGAUUUUGAAUGUAACACCAGCUCUUGAUCUAUUGAAGAAAUCUGUUGGUGGCAUUAAAGAAAAUAACCAUAUACCAGCCUAUGUUGUAAGGGGAUCAGUUGAUGCUCGUCACUUUGAUGAGGUGGCUGCUUUUCAAAUUCCAAGACCACUACAGCCUCCGAAUGUUUUGGAGGUUGUGCAGGUGAGUGAAGAGGCUAUUGAAAAUGGCUGUUCUGGAAGUGGCAAAGUAAAUGAAUUUAGAGAUGCUGAGUUUGGUAGUUUGAUUGUGGUUCCACAGAGUCAACUGACUCCUGAUGAGUUUAGGUCCCUUCAUUAUCGUACUGACAUCACUAAGGGAGAAGAAAUGGUUGAGAUUCCAUGGUUGAAUGAAGUAAACAGCGAGUUUCCUCCAUUUUUUAACUACAUACCCCGGAAUCUGAUUUUUCAGAAUGCUUAUGUCGACUUCACUCUCUCUCAAAUUAGGGCUGAAAAUUGCUGCUUGGCUUGUAUUGGUAAUUGUUUGUUGUCAUCUACACCUUGUGUUUGCUCCAGUGACACUGAGCAUGGUUUUGCAUACACUUUAGAAGGCCUUGUUAAGGAGGAUUUCUUAGAAGAUUGUAUCUCUCUGACUCGGGAUCCUCAGCGACAAUGCCUUUCUUAUUGUAGAGAUUGCCCACUGGAAAGAUCAAAAAACGAUGAGAUAUUGGAACCAUGCAAGGGUCACGUGAAGAGAAAAUAUAUAGAAGAAUGUUGGAGCAAAUGUGGGUGCCACAAACAAUGUGGAAACAGAGUCGUGCAGCGAGGUAUAAGGUGCAAGUUGCAGGUUUUCUUUACCCCUGAAGGGAAGGGGUGGGGUCUCAGAACUCUAGAAAUGCUACCAAAAGGUACAUUUGUAUGCGAGUAUGUAGGGGAGAUACUAACCAACAAAGAGUUGUAUGAGAGGAAGAUGCAAAGGACAAGUAGCAGCAAGACUGAGAAGCAUGCCUAUCCAGUUCUACUUGAUGCGGAUUGGUGCAUGAAAGGAGUUGUAAAGGAUGAAGAAGCUCUGUGUUUGGAUGCGACAUUUUAUGGAAAUAUUGCUAGGUUUAUCAAUCACAGAUGUCUUGAUGCAAAUAUGAUUGAAAUCCCCGUGAAGAUUGAGACCCCUGAUCAUCAUUAUUAUCAUCUUGCUUUCUUCACAACAAGAGGAGUGAAUGCCUUAGAAGAGUUAACAUGGGAUUAUGGGAUUGAUUUUGAUGAUACUGAUCAACCUGUGGAGGUAUUCCCAUGCCGAUGUGGCAGUAAGUUCUGCAGGAACAUGAAACGUUCAAAUAGAUCUAAUUCAGCAGCAAGAUGAUCAGAUGUGCAGAUUAUGAGACUGCCUCAUUCUUCCACAAUCCCAUCCAUGACGAGAGAAGAAAGAUUUUGAAGUGGAUUUGCUCAGUUUUUCUUGGUCCUGCUGGCAAUCUUGUCAAAGUCAUAUGGUGUUAUUUUGUCAAGCCGGAUGGUUAAUUGGCAGUGGGUCGUGCAUGGCCCUAAAAAUGUGUUUAUGAUGUAUUGAUUGCAUAAUCUACCAUCCCAGUAUUGAAUUUUGCGUCUAAAUCUGGGAUUUUGUGCUGCAGCUUGGCAACAACUGGGUCAUGUAUGUCUUUGUUUAUUGUACAGGAUUUUGGCUUUGUGAUC